AUGGCUGAUACGGAUGCUUCCGAUAUUAUCGCUCUGCUCAAGCGUGAACGCUACCACCGUGACACAGCCCAGUGGGAUCUAUGCCGGGCAGCCUUCCAUCCAGAUGCUGAACAAACCUACAUUGACGUCUCCUGGUUCCAAGGGAAUAUCGACGCCUUCCUAGCCCGUUCAUCCACAGUCCAUCCAGGCAAAGUCAACGUAAUCCAUUCCUCCUUCGACCCGGUGGAUAUCAAAGUCAGCGAGUACCGCGCCACCAGCUCGGCGUUCUGUCUGAUUACCAGCUCGAUUACGCUAGACGGCGUAGAAUAUGAGCUGGCGUCGUACAUGCGGCUCCUGCACCGGCUGCAGAAACUGUCCGAUCUUGACUGGCGCAUCGUCCGACUGGAGGCCAUCUAUGUCCGAGACCGGCUCGUUUGCGCCUUUCCGGGUCUAGAUGCUUCGUUGCAUAUGCCGGAGGAGAUACAGAAAUAUCCAAGACCGUAUCGAUGCAUGGCUUUUGUUAUGUUGAAUCGGGGACUGAAGCCUAGAGUUGAUCUACCGAAUGAGGACGACCAGGAGAGUGUGCGAAGAGUGCUAGAUGGGAAUGCUGCAUUCUUGAAAAUAGAAUAG